AACGCAGAUGAGAGUCGAAUUCAAGAAUCGGAGUAUAAAUUUGCCAUUGAACUGUUACGUUAUGUGACCCGAAAUGGGCACACAUCGUUUGUGAUAUCACCGUUCUCAAUCGCCAUCACCCUAUCGAUCCUAAGCUAUGGUGCUGUCGGUAAUACGCAAGCACAAAUCGAUAAACUGAUAGCAAAUGCUGAAUCCGAUUCGUACAUUGAUACGAUUGCAAAUCAAGCGAACACACGUCCACAAUCAAAAAUUCUCGUCUUCAACGCCGUUUGGAUGUGGGCUGAGUGGAUCAAGAAAUUCAAAAACGAAGAAACCUUUCUGAAGGAUUUCUAUGUGAAUCAAGAUGAAAUCAAACGGGUUAACAUGAUGCCAAUUUGGGCAUACGGCACAUAUCGAUAUGGCGAGAACGCUGAUCUGCAGGUGGUUGGAAUACCGUUCAGUGACGAAGAAACGUACAUGUAUAUAUUCUUAACGAGGGAUAGGUAUGCGGUGUUGAAUGACUUUAUAAAGGAUAUGGAUUAUCAACGGAUUAUCGCUCUGAUAAAUCGAUGUAAAAUCGUGGAUGUUGAAGUUGGUCACUAUUUAACUUAG